AUGAGCUCUUCCGCGAACAGUGUUAACUUCGGCAAGAACUAUGCUGUCCUCAAUCUUGACUGGAUGGCCCUUCUUCUGAACGCAGUUGAAGAGUCACCAGAAGGCCAAUCGCUCAUUGCCAAUUACUCUCGAUGGAAUAAUGCUCCAGACCUGCGGCUCAAGACACCUUUUUCGAAACUCCUUGAACCAUUUGGCACCUUUGAGACCGGUACCCCUGGUGUUGAGAUCGACCCCCGCUUCACUGUUGAUGAGAAGGAUGUCGUACUUCGAAAGGCCAGAUGGUCAGCCACUACCGGAAACAACUUGGAGCAAAUUCUCAAAGCCCAGAGUAUUGAUACAGUUGUUAUCUCUGGAUUGAGCUUGUCUGGUGUCGUCAUGGCCACUGUCUACCGGUUGUUCGAUCUGGAUUUCAACAUUUUCGUUAUUUCAGAUAAUGUUCUGGAAGUUCCGCCCACCCAACACUCAGAGGUUUCUAAGAUUACGCUGGAGACUCUUAUGCCCAAGAUGAACCUUCAAGUUAUUACCCUUGAUCAGGCAUUGCAAGCUCUGAAGCAGUCUUAG